CUCUCCGGUGCUGUAGGUGGCAGCCGAGCGGCGCGGCGUUUCCUGCGGAGCGCCACAGUCACAACAAGAGGAGGAGGAAGAGGAAAAACGACAGCUCUGGGUCGUCGUCGACUGGCCGCCUUGCGUGACAACACAGGGAUCGCGUUCAGGCUUCGGGUUGCUCCAACUUGACCAGCACCAUGUCUGAUUUACUGAGAUAUAUCGACUAUGACCACAAAGCCACCUUUCUGAAGAUGCUAAACCAACAGAGGAUGGAAGGUGAGCACUGUGAUGUGGUGGUGGUGGUGGAAAACAUAGAGUUCAGGGCUCACCGCUGUGUCUUGGCCGCCUGCAGCAACUAUUUCAAAAAGCUCUUCAAGAAACAAAGCGACGAGGACAACUCCAUAGUGGAGUUGGACUUUAUCCGCUCCGAUAUAUUCGAAGAGGUGCUCAAUUAUAUGUACACAGCCAGGCUGGCUGUGAGGAAGAAGGACAUCAACAUGAUGAUGUCAUCAGGUCAGAUCCUGGGCAUCAACUUCCUGGACAACCUGUGCACCCAGAAACGGGAGCUGACCAACAUGAAGACCCGGGAAAACCAGGCUCCCGGGGACAACGGCAUGAGGGCUCAGGACGCGAUCCUGAAGGAGCUCGCCAUGGAGGAGGUGAGGAAGAACAGCUUCUACGACCAGGGCAUGGACGGGAUGGGCCCCGGCGGCUCUCACGUCUCCCAGCCGCACAACUACAACAGCAGCAUGGGCAAAGACCCCCACAGCCACGGCUGGGGCUCGUCCUCCACCAGCGACAUGAAGCUGGAGUACCUGCUGUACGGCCACCGCGACCACGGCUCCUGCCAGGGCGCCGGCGCCAAGCCCAUCGACCACAACGCCAAAAAGGAGCGCCUGCUCACGGCCAACCGCCCGUACGGCUGCGAGCACUGCCCCAAAGCCUUCACCACCGCCGCCCACCUCAAGGAGCACCUCAAGAUCCAUUCCGGCUUCAAGCCGCACCGCUGCGUGGUGUGCGGCAAGGCCUUCAUCCGCGGCCCCGACCUGAAGCGGCACGAGCGGGUGCACAGCAACGAGCGGCCCUUCGCGUGCCAGAUGUGCGAAAAGGCCUUCAAGCACAAGUCCCACCUGAAGGACCACGAGCGGCAGCACCGGGGCGAGCGGCCGUUCAACUGCGGCUCCUGCGACAAAGCCUUCAUCAAAGCGUCGGACCUGAAGCGCCACUGGAACACCAUGCACAGCGGGAACCCCCGCAGACAGAUGUCCCUGUCGCCCGCCGCGUCCCAGCACGGCCAGGCGGACGCCAUGGACCAGAGAGACUGGAAAAUAGAGACGGGGCCACACUCGCACAACUCGGGGGACUGUUGAACCUGCAAGCACACCGGGCGCGCGCACACAUACUGACAUACUGACGCAAACACCUGAAAAAUAAAAAAAAACACACACACAAGCUGAACACACUGACGACACCGUGAGCCUGUGAGCGGCCGAGGGCCGGACACCACACGGACACUGAUGGGAGCGAGCGGCAGCAGAUCAUAGCAUGUUCAUAAGACUGUGGGGCUGUAUUAUUGUUAUUAUUCUAAAGAGUUAUGUCAAAACAAUGUUUUCUUUCCACGUGUAAAAUCAUGUAAAUGUUUAGUUCACUCUACUAUACGUAUAUUUUCACAAAGCAUCGUUGCUAUCUAGACCGCGGGUUCUCAUAACAUGAUUCUUUUUACUUUUCUGGGACGUGUAACAUUCAAACGUUUGUUUAACCUUUACUGAAUUUUAUGGAGCUACGAGGCAGAGGCCGAGCUCGGGGGGAGUGAGGGAGGGACGGGGGGUGGGGUGGGUUUUCUGCAUAACAUUUGUUGCAUUGAGUAUAUUCAUGUGGAUGUUUUUAAUGGAUGUGUUUAGUUGUAUUGAUUGAUAUUACACUGUAAAGAGUAAGAGUAAACAUUUUGCAGAUGAUACCAAAGUCUUGGGUCCGAACCGGAUCGCCUUUUGAAGGCCGUCCUGCCCAAGCACCCGGCCAACUAGAUUUACUGUUAUACAGUAUAACUGUCAUCCAGCUAUCAGCAGUUAAUGAUAGAUGUCUGUAUAUACUGUAGCUUAGUUUGUUGCACAAUUAGAGAACACGAUAAUGAAUUAUGCACAUAUAACAUUGUCCUACUCCUACACUUUGACAAUAAACACCAUUUGUUGUG